CUUUCGCGAGAUUUGAACGAGAAAUUACGUGAUUAUAACCAAAAAAAAAAAAAAAACCUUCCGGAUAGGAGUCCGACUUCCUUGUCAUCAAAGUUUGUAGGUUUAUUGUCAAAAGAUGGAAAACUUUCGAUGAUUCAGACAACUUUUUGGGUGCUUUAAUAUGGGUCAGUGUUUUAGCAAACCAAAUGAGAAGAAGACCCCACCUCCAGCGACUGAAGUCAAUGGACCAGGGGUGGUUUCUCCACAGGACAUCAAUGUCGGUAUCAACUCCGGGGCCGUAAGGCCACUCCCCCCACCUCCAGUUAAGUCAGAGAAUUCGUUAGUUGUUCGGGCCCUGUACGACUUUGAUGCCAUUAACGAGGAUGACUUGUCUUUCAAAAAGGGAGAUAAAAUGGAGGUGGAGGAGUCUAGCCAGAAUUGUGAUUGGUGGAUGGCCCGUCACCUGGCAACGGGACAAACAGGAUACAUACCCAGUAACUACAUAUCUAAAGAUGACGACACACCGCAGACGCAGGAUUGGUGGUAUAAUGUAGACCGUAAGGAAUCCGAUAAACAAUUGAUGUUGCCAGGCAACAAAGUGGGAACCUUUUUAGUCCGAGAGGCUGCUGACAAAGCUUCAUUUGUGUUGUCUAUACGAGACCACGAUCCUAAGACAAAUGAUGCUUGUGUGAAACACUAUAGAAUCAGGAAGAUGGAUAAUGGAGGAUUUUAUAUCAGCCCACGACGAACGUUUCCCAGCAUGAUCAAGCUCAUAGACCAUUAUCAAAAUGUUGGGGAUGGUUUAUGUUGCCAAUUAACGGAGCCAUGUCCCAAGGUCAGGCCGACCGUCCAGUUCCGUGAGCUGGAAGUAGCACGCGAGUCGGUCAAGCUGAUGAAGAAACUGGGCAGUGGUUGCUUUGGAGAUGUGCAUGCUGGUAAAUGGAGAAACACAGUAGAUGUAGCCAUCAAAACUCUGAAGCCAGGCGCUAUGACGGCUGAAGAUUUCCUACAAGAAGCCAAGCUUAUGCACAAAUUGCGACAUCGUAAACUGGUGCAGCUGUUGGCCGUGUGUACCAUAGCAGAACCGAUUCUGAUUAUCACUGAGCUUAUGGUUAAUGGAGCCCUGCUGGAUUAUCUCCGCAAGGACGAGGGCAGAUCACUGAAAUUUGUGGUGCUAGUGGACAUGGCAUCACAGAUUGCUGAUGGAAUGGCUUAUUUGGAGAAAGAGAAUUUUGUCCACCGAGAUUUACGAGCGGCCAAUAUCUUAGUCGGAGAAAACAACGAUGUCAAGGUCGCAGACUUUGGUUUGGCUCGACUGAUUCAGGAGGAUAUAUACGAGGCUCAUGAACACACUAAGUUUCCCAUCAAAUGGACGUCCCCUGAGGCUGCAUUUGACCGUAAAUUCAGCAUCAAGUCUGAUGUGUGGUCCUUUGGUGUAUUGCUGUAUGAAUUAAUCACAUUUGGAAGAGUGCCAUACCCAGGUAUGAACGGACAUGAAGUGUUGAGCAAGGUGGAAAAAGGCUACAGAAUGCCGAAGCCCACGGGUGGAUCCCUCCCGUGUCCCGAUCCCUACUAUGACAUCAUGCUUCAGUGCUGGAAGAGAAAUGCGGACUCUAGACCGACGUUUGAAUAUCUGCGCGAUUUCUUUGACAACUACUUUGUGAGUUCUGAGGGACAGUAUUCUGGAGAACCAAUGGGUUGACAGUUUGAACAAAAACAAAAUGACAGAAUUUUUAUGAAAAUUCCCAGUGCAACACAUUCUAGAUCAGUAGGCUAUAUCAAAGCAUUCCAGUCUUUUUUAAGAAGUGGUGGGCUUUUUUAUAUUCAGAGUAAAUAUUUUUUUAUAUUUGUUCGUAAUUCAAAUCAUGGAGAAAAAGAAUUUUAGAAUAGCUUGGUUUACAUGUACUUUCCAAGAAGUUUAUACAUUCCUCCUUUGAUUGUAAAUUCACCUCACAGAAUUUCUUAAGAGGUCGAAGGUCAAAUGUCAAGCCUAAUCGGUGCCUCAUUAUUCAACCACAUUCCAGAGAAUAUCCAGAUGUCGCAACUUUCUGUUAAGUCUACAAUAUUGUGCUUGGACGCAGAAUAGCAUAUUUUUCUAUAGUCAUGUACAUAGUUAUUGAGGGGAGAUAGUUUAUCAUUCCAUGCGUCCUUGAAUUGUUGUAUAGAAAUAAGAAUAGUUAUAUAGCUGCAUUUAGCAAAUAUUUGUACAUAUUAGAAUUUUAAAAAACAUGCUUGCAGGAGUCGCCAAGAUUUUAUCCUCCCUCUAUAUAAACUUGUGCCUUAUUGCCAUUUUUAAUUACAAUUCCUGUUGUUUAGUGUAUGUUAAAUACGAAAUUUUUAAGUUAUCAGUUCGUCCUAAUUUUAUCUUCCUUGCAAUACUGAACGAACAAGUCACCAUCUGUAACCCAUACCUGGAACCACAUCUCUUUCCUCCAAAUGUAUUCCAUUGUGUUUACAAGUUAUUUGCAAUAAGUGUAUAUAUGAUAUCUGUUAGUAUAUGUCACAGCCAUUUUCUUUAUCAACAUGUUGCAUUUUCGUUUUAUAGCUUUGAUGUAGAGAAAAUUUCAUUGCAAAAAAUUCUAAUCCCUUUUCUUUGUUGUUUUUAUACCCCUCCGAAAAUCUGGCUUUGAUCCAUUGUAAUAUACAUGUACUUCAGGACAAUGACAAUCAAAUCAUUGUGUUCCAUCAGAACGUGCUUCAGAUUUGCUGAUCUGAUUCACUAGAAAUGUUCAAUUUGGAUUCCUAAAGAUUUGCAGCUUGUGUCGAUUCCUGAUCUCCAUUUGAUCAAAUCCCAUCCCAUCUUCAGUGUACGUGUGCAUCUUCAGUGUACGUGUGCAUCUUCAGUGUACGUGUGCAUCUCGUUAAAUAUUUUGAUAGCAAAUGAUUGUGUUGUGAAUCCUAUACAAAUUAUUUUGUACAGACAUUUUUUUUAUACAUAUUGCUACAUCAUGUUAAUAAACCUUUUGUAAACACCC